CUGGAGUAAAGAGUGGGCGUGUCUCGGUGUCACUUCCCGUGCCAGUCAUUAGGACGCCACGCCCACUUCCGCUCUCCAGCUCUUUCCUUUGUAGCUCCACACUUCCCGCUGCCUGGCUCGGUAUUGGCGGCUGGUUUGAAGAGCGGAAGUGACGGUCGGUGUAUAGGGAAGCAGCCGUUGUAGUGUCGGUAUAUGCCCAGGGAGGAGAGCGGAGGACCGGCGGCUGCACACAGCAGUUUAGACCCCUAAAAUGGUGCAUGUCUUCACAACUACUCUUUUGCUGCUGAAAAUGUCCCUCAGCAAUUUCCUAUUGUGCAGCAUCUACACUUCAGAAAUACCAAGAUGGAAGGAGUGUUAUAUAAUACAUUUGGCGGUCCACCAUUGGCGCGCUCCUGCUCUGAUAAUCUGCAAGUAUACAGAAAUGACAAAACACACAUGGCUGAUGUCUGAUUUACGCUGAAAACAUGAAACGCAAAGUGGCCAAAGUGAGCACCCUGAGGGCGAGCCCCAAUGAAGAGGCUUCAGUAUUAAAGCAAGAACGGGAGAGAAGGAGGAAGCUACGUCUGCAACAGGUCAGAGAACAGGAAAAGUUCAUCGCUCAGCAGAUCCGCCGAGAUGUUAAGGAAAGAAAAGAUCAACAACUCCAGCAACUUGCCGAAGACCUGAGAGCCAAAUGGGAAGCCGCCCAGGCCGAGAAGAUCCAAGCCUUGGAAAAGAUCUACCUGUGCACACUGAACGCCAUCGGGGAAGGACACAGACAGGCCAAGGAAAACGAGCCGGAUUUGAAGGCAAUUGAAAAGGCAGCGGCUACAAAUAAGGAAAAAGCUGAGAAGAGACACAGAGAGGCAUUGAAAGAGUUAAAACAACACAGAGAGAGGCAGCUCAGAACACAGUCCUGGCAUAUUAAAGCACGCAAUAAAGCACUUGAAGUAGAAAGGGAACGCGCUGCAAAAAUCGCCAGUCUUCCCCCUCCUCCACCGGAUCCCAUUCAGAAUAUCGAAGUUGCAAAGAGUCUCCCACUAGUAAAGGUCUGCAAUGUCGACAGCUUCUCCUCCUCGCACUACCACUUACCUGAAGCCUAUGUGGACCGAGAAAUAGAUACGGAGCAGACUGAUGCCCGCACUGCAGCUGAAGAGGAAGAGAAGAGACUGAAUAUGCUUCAACAAGAAGAGGAACGUGAGCGGCGAGAACAGAUGGAGAAAGCAAGCCUCCGGGGAUCUCAUGCUUUAAAGAUGGUGCAGCUGGCUCAGGACAGGGACAGGCUAAUGAAAGAAUUGGAACAAAUGCAGCAAGAGGACCUGUCCAGACGCCGACAGAUCGUAGCAAAGAUGCCGCAGCAGUUGUUUGAGCCAGUGUACCGCCGGACUGAGAUCAGGGAGGAAUGGCAAAGGGACCUGGAGACUGCAUUUGAGGACAUGUAUACAAGAAAUGCAAAAAUGAGAGGAGACAUGGUCUUGCAUCUAAAACCACAGCCCCUACCCGAUCCCUCUGUAACCAGUGUGGAUGAAGAUCUUGAUUUGACUGUGGUGCCAGAAGCGGCUUCUGGUGAGAAGCCUCAUCUGGGGGUACAUGAGGACAUAUCAUCUGUAGAACAACAAGAGAUCAGAGAACCGCAGUCUAAACAAGUGCUAAAGAGGUUACUUAACAGAAUAAGGACUCAGAAAGACCAGUGGAGCGCUAAAGCUGAAACAGCAGACACGGUCAGUGACACUCUGGAGUCCGGAUCUCUGCCUGUAAAUAAGGAAUCCGAAGAUGGCAUCCAAGAGGAGGAGGACAAGUCUGUAAUCGUCUCUAAUGAAGUGACAGACAGCACAGUUUUAGCUGGGAAAUCUAUUCUGCUCCAUCCUCAGGAACAGGCUGUGCGCAUCAGAGCAGAGGCCGUGAGGAAAAAAAAGAUGGAGGAGCUGGAGCGGCAGAAGCAAGAACAGCUGGAACUGAUAAGAAAACUAGAAGAGGAGAGAAAAACCUUGGAGGCAGAAUUCCAAAAGAUGCGGCAACAGGUGCAGGAUGGGGAACAGGAAAGCAGCUUUACUGUACAGAAAGAAGGACACGAGCCGGCGUUGAUAGAUGAUGCUCCACAGGAAUCAGCAGUGGCACAGUUAAACACAUCAGCAGAAAGUCUACAUAUUCAGAUGAUACGGGAAUACCAGCAGCGCUUGAUAGAGCAAAAUAGAAUUCACAAACAAUCCGUGGAUGAAGCAAGGAAACAUUUGCAGGAAUACCAGUUACUAUUGAAGAAUCGGUAUCCUCACUUAUCCACGUCCAACAUAGGAAGCCAAGAUCAGGGUCAAGAGAACACAAGGAACCUUCAAGGGCCACAAAUAAGCUUAUCUGAAAGGUCCAUUCUGUCAUCUCUGCCAGGUCCUUCUCUGUCUACAGAAAAAGAGAAAUCUGGUCAGAGCAUGUCACAAGAUCUAGUAAAAACUCAGCAAACAAGUCCUAGAAAUAAUGUUCCUUUAAAGCAGAAGCUUGAGUCUGUUCCGUCAUCUGCGAGUGAUUUCCUUGCUGUGGACCCCAGUAAGGUUAGAAUUGACAGCCCUGUGAGCGUCGUCCUUCCAUCACACCCUCCUUUCCUUGGAAGAAGUCCUCCACAUGGACUGUUAUCUCACAGUCCAAAUGAAGACCGGGUUAGAUCUCAAGAUACUAUAAUAGGUUUAGAAAAGCUUUCCUCAAUGUCUAGUCCAGGAGAGCACGACUCCUCCUCUAGUACUUCCUACUUCCCGCUCCCUUCAGCACUUACCUUAGGUCUACCUCCGGUUGAUUUUUCGGAACCAAGCAUCUCAUUCUCAGAUCCUGAAGAACAAAUGUGCAAAAAAGACCCAGUCUCCCUAGGAGACUUUUCCAAUGUUCAGGAAUUCCGGGAGAGACUUCUCUCUUCUGCGGCAGAGAUCCGUAACCAGCAGGACCACCUGAAGGAAAUGCAGACACUGCUGGACAAGCAACGGGAAUCUCUACUGUCCAACCAAAAGAACCAGGAGCAUCAUCUUCUACACAAGCAGAAGGAACUGGAAGAUCAGAUACGGAGGCACCAAGGAUCCCUGGAGAAGCUCCUGGACUCCACAGAGCCUAGACAGGGGGCAGUUCCUGCUGAUCUCCACCUGAUGCCUGAGCGAGAACGGUAUCAGUUUAUGUCCAUUCUGCUGAAAGCACUGAAUGAUGAUGAAGAGGAGGACUCGGGGGUUACAAACUUUCUGUCCAGUAAUGGUUCUCUAGUGAAACCUUCAGGAAGAGAGCAGAAGUGGAGACCUUCGAAGCCGCCUGUCACAAAGACAAAAUUAGGGCCGUUUCUGCAGCAGCACGAGCUGAGCGCCAUCAUGGAAGUGGAGACGCCCAAUAGUGGCAGACAUUCCAGCACAGGAUAUUCAGAACUUGGAGAAAGCCAAAAAGGUCAGAAUGACAGAUCUGGACACGGAGAACUUGUAGGUUACCACCCAGACAUUAGUAGGAGGAGCAGUGAUUCCACUUUAAUACAAGGAGAUCUGUCCAGGUUAUCAACCAGUAUUCGAGAUGAGACUCCAGACCAAAGUCGUCCCAAGUUAUCUUGGAGGGAGACCUUGUCUUUACAAGGAUCAAAUGACCCAACAGGAGCAGAUCAUUCUUUUACUCCAGUUUUGUACAAAAGUCUGCAUUGGAGCCUUUCCAGUAACACAUUCCCUAAACACCUUUCAAUGGGAGAAGGAGCCUCUGGCCUUGUGCCAACUGGGCAGGGAAGGAGCCCAGAUUCUGCCUGUGAUUAUUUAUCCACUACAACCAUAUCAUCCGGCAGCUUCCUGACCAGCGAGAAGGCCGACUCAAGCCCUGCACACUCUGAUGUCCCCUCAGAACUCCAGAGAUGUAACUAUUCUGCUAUUAAAGACCAGAAAGUCAGCAGCUCCAGUCCCUCAGCAGCCACCGCUGGGAUCCAUCAUGGAACAUGGAGCGAUUACUUUGGUGCUGUGGAAAAUCGCAGCCAUAUUCAGCAAAUCAUAGAGAAAUACACCAAAGACCUCAGCGCUUCUCUGGAAAGAAACUUGAGCUUUCACUCUCCUGAAGCUGCCACUGAUAUUUCGGCUCCUGAUAACCACCUGUCAAGUACAUUUCACUCUCUGGAUCCAAAACCUGACUCCAAUAUUUCCACUCCAUCUUAUGCCCAUUCCGAACGCACCUGCAGCCCACAAAGCACUCAGGAGGGGAGCCAGAGCUCCAGUAACACCAGCCGCCCAGACCAGCAGUCGUGUAGAGGUCCUGAGUCCUAUCUACCUCCUAGCAUGCUGGCUCUGAGCUCCUCUAUCGGCUUAUUCCACUCACAGAACAUGGGGAGAAUAUCACCUAGGAGGCAGAAUGAAGCAGGUUUAGUGGACGAUUCUUCUGGAUCUUUUCUCCCAUUACACCCGGAGAGCACACUGAAUGAGCCAAGUGUGAGCAGCCAUGAAGAUCCAGCCUGUGCAGUUUCAAAUGAAAAUCUUCCGGAGGUGAGUCAGAGCUCCAGUAACACCAGCCGCCCAGACCAGCAGUCGUGUAGAGGUCCUGAGUCCUACCUACCUCCUAGCAUGCUGGCUCUGAGCUCCUCUAUCGGCUUAUUCCACUCACAGAACAUGGGGAGAAUAUCACCUAGGAGGCAGAAUGAAGCAGGUUUAGUGCACGAUUCUUCUGGAUCUUUUCUCCCAUUACACCCGGAGAGCACACUGAAUGAGCCAAAUGUGAGCAGCCAUGAAGAUCCAGCCUGUGCAGUUUCUGGACCAGAACAAUAUGAUGAAAAUCCUUUGCGGCCCGGUGUCCUACAAUCUGUCGAUGCUUGUUAUAUGCAUGAUACCGGUCACAGAGCUUUGUCUAGUCAGCACUCGUCUGCAAUCCUGACUAGUGCAGUGGAGGAGAGAACGUCUUUCCGGGAACUGAUGGCUGCACAGAUGACUGUGAAUGAUUCUCAACUCUCUGAACAUCCGAUCUCAGAAUCCCUGGAAAGAAACAGUGUGAAAAAUGUUCACUUGGAAGAGCGGUGCGCUGUACAGGAAGUGACCUCCGACACAGAUCGUGUUGCCCCUUGUGAUACUGAUGGAGGUUUCCAUCGGGCUGCUUCACAGUCAUCAGAUCAGACCCCAGAGAACAUGACCCACACAUCUCACUCAAGAUCCUCUCUUUCGUCCUUGUCCAGCUUGACCAUAGGCUCUUCUGCUGGUUCUCUGCCAAGCUUUGUCCGCACUUGGGACUCUGAGUCUAUGCGGGGAAUCCUGGAAGAACCAGAUCUAACUCUGAUCAGCCUGAAUGACAGCAGCAUCGCAUGUUCCGAGCCUCCUGCCACCCCGACUGCUGAGCACCACGACAGAAACACUUCCCAGAGCUCUUUUCACCCACUUCAUCCAGAGGUGGAUGCUUCCAGCCUUCAUGGACCUGACCAGUCUUCAGUAGGAUCGACUUUAUCCCAGCACUUUGCAGAAAUGAGUCUUGAAUUCACAUCUACUCCGGGAAGUCUGCAAGACGCCUUCCUGAGAAAGAAAAAACAUUUCAUUGACAAUUCUGCAAAAAGAGUCCAAGGAAUAAAAAAUAAAGACAGAGUGCCAAAGAAAGGGUCAUGUGAUCUAUCAGAUGUCCUUGCUAACCAGGAUGACCAGCAGUCCAGUUCUGAACUGUCCCAGUGUGAUGGAACGCAGCUGAAGAAAGUGCUUGAGGUCCGAGUCAGCACCCCAGAAGAUCGCAAACUGUCUGAGGUAGAGAUGCACCAGCGCACUUUACGGUUAUAUAAUCAGCUGGAUGAAGUUAAAAUGCGGAGAGAAGAGAAGAUGAGGCAGGAAAGCUACACAAAGAACCGUGAGAAGGCCAAAGAGUUUAAGAAGAGAACAUUGGAAAAGUUGAGAGGGAAAAAAUAGG